AUGGAUUGUCCUGAACCCAGUCUUAUCGCUCGUCCUUCUUCGCUCAACUCAUGUCAAUCAAGGUCUAUUGUCCGUAUGGUUGCUCAUCGAGAGUUGGGGCUUCGUUCAUCGCUUCGCCAACGGGUUGUUUGUCGUUACGAGCUAAACUCAUUCCCUGUGACAAUACAAGGACGUGGGCAAAAAUCAUCACAACGUGCGAUAAAAGAGAUGUUUCCUAGCGGUGGAAUUUUGGGGGUCAGCCAUAAUGAAAAAUGGCUUGUUGGAUUUAAUAUAAUUAGGCGUCAAAACAGUGGAGACAUUUACAUGAUGAAGCUAUUUCCUGGACGGUGUUAUCUGGAAGAAAUGCUCAGGGUUGAAGACUUCCCGGAACACGGGCUCAUUUUUAUGUAUUUUCCGCACACUGGAUUGCACACUGCCACACUCAUUUUUGAUUAUGAUCAAUGGAAAAGCCGAAAGCCGGUUGGGCCAUCUUCCGUCGAAAUGAGUGUGCACUUCUUUUAUCCAUCACACCAUAUUCACUUCACAAGUCAUUCGGUGGUUACUUGUAUUCGACGACUCUCAAACAAAAAAGCUUUGACUAAAGCCCAUUUUCGCGUGCACAAUUAUGGAGGAAUAUUAAAUUGUGGGCAAACGCUUAUCAACUUCAACUUUACGCAACGAUUGACGAGUUUGACAAAAACAUCAUAUGGAACGAGAACAAUUUGGGCUGUUUCGCUGGCUAAUAAAAACGACGAUGAUAGUGGAUCAAGUUUGACGCUGGAUUUGGGAGAACGAGUCAGUGUUUGUCCGACGCAAACUUACGAGAUCUUCAAUAAGGUGAACUAUCAACUAACUGAAGUUGCUAGUGAUGAAAAUGAUACACUACCAGACGUGAUUCCUCGAAUACCGAACCGCCCUCCUCUUUUGAUCUCACGGCAAUGUGUCGAUAUUGAGAAAGUAUUAAAUGCUUGUAUGAAUUGGGCUUUUAAACGGGAAACUUCAGCAUAUCAAGGAUUUGUCGACUACGAGACUGAAAUUGCACAAAUAGAAGACACAUCGGCCUUUCUACUGUUGCAUUGUGUAGGGGAGUUUCAGAUGAAAAAGGAUGGUAGCUUUAUGAACAAGUUUUUCGUGGUUAGGUUGGAGCUCGUUUGGGAUUUAUUUGAUGGUGGAAUACGUCGAAUCUCUCAACCUACCGUCCUUCGGGAACUUACCCCUCAACAGGCUUACGAUUCUUCAACAUGGUAUCCACUAGGCACGUUUCCAGUAGAACCUUGUAAUGAAUUAAUGUCGAUUUCGAGUGCGCCCAUGCUUACAGGCAAAAACGAAGAAUUGCUUUUGGCACCAAAUGGUUCAAUCGCAUUCAUCUGUGACAAAUGUGACUCACAAAACUUUAGCGCA